ACUGAAAAAAACAAAUGACGAGAGAAAGGCGCAUGUCGGCCAUCAUUGAAAUGAAAACGUAAACAAAAAGGAAAAAAAUACAAAAGCUCCCAUAGGCCUAGCUAUUUUCUACUCUUUUUUAACUCGAAAUACAUCAAUUUAUUAUCAUAUAUAAAAUCAGUAAAUUGUCAACAUGAGAGAACUGACGGAAGCUCGCAACAUGCUGGUCUUCAAUGUGAAGCACGGAAACAUUCAAGGCUCUCUUGAUGUGGCAAAGGCGACAGCCGAUUUCGUCAGCUUGAUAGCGUCCAGCAACGGCUGGACAGUUGCCUCCGAACUUCUGCGUCUUGUGAAUGAAGAGGGCAAUAAAUUAAUUGCUGCGUUACCUCUGCAUGUGACCGUGGCAAAUGUGCUGCUCCAGCUGUUGCACAUUAUCAGGGUAGAGUACCUGUCGGCGGUGAACAAAUCGACACAGGCCGUGCAGAGAUUUGUAGAGAGCUGCAUGAAUUAUGAGGAAAAAUUCUCAGCUAAGUGUGAGGGCUUGAAAGAGGCAAUUUUGGACCACAUUGGUGAAUACCAGACCGAUCUUGAGUUAGCUGUCGACAACAUAACGGAACAGGCCAUCCAUCAAAUUCAACCUGGUGAUGUCAUUAUGACCAUCGGGAGGUCUUCCAUUGUGGAGGCGUUUUUGCUAGCAAAGGCAAGAGAAAAGAACUCGGAUUUUGAGGUUGUCGUAGCUGAAGGAGCUCCCCAAUGUGAAGGCCAAAAAAUGGCAGAAUCUUUGGCUAAGAAAGGAGUGCCCACGACGCUAAUCCCAGAUACAAAUAUUUUUGCCUUCAUGCCCAGAGUUACGAAAGUCAUACUGGGCACCAAUCUUGUACUACGAAGUGGAGGUCUCCGAGCAUUGCCAGGCGCCCAAAUUGUUUGUCUUGUUGCACACGAUCACAAAGUUCCGGUCAUUGUGGUAGCCCCUACAUAUAAGUUCAGCCGUAUGCUGAGCGAAAAUCAUUUGGCGGAUAAUGAAACUUUCAACCUUCUUGCCAGCCCCGAAGGGGUUGUCAGUUUCAAAGAUGGCUUUGUUGCCUCAAAAGUUAAAGUGCUAAACCCUAUGUAUGAUUUUGUGCCUCCGAAUUAUGUUAGCCAAGUUGUGUCUAAUCUAGGCACAUACGGCGUUUCACAGAUGUUCACAGCCAUUAGCGAACUUUACGGAACAGGAGAAGAAAGUGCUGAAGACUUAAGGCUGUGAUGUAACUUUUGUAUCUGGCAAAAUAAAUUAUUACUCAAAAUAAUAUA